CAGGGGUCCCCGAGGGCGCAAUGACUCGGCUCCCGGGACCCCUUCUCCAAGCCGGCUGCAGGAGCAGCAGCAGGUCACCCCAGGGGCUGAUCGAGGGAGCGGCCCGGCUGGUAGCUGGCCUCCGAUGGGGGGCAACGAGAUUCAGGGGGACCCCGUCCCCGAGGAAGAGGGAUCCCAGACGCCCUUCAGCGCCUCGACCCGGGACGACCCGCGAAACCCCUUCCAGCGGUGGAAUAGCAUCUUCUACGACGUCUACCCCGGCGCCAGGCAGCGCCCCUCGACGGCAAGCACCCCCAACCGGAGGCCGGGUUAUGGGACCCGAUUCUUUCAUCAUGGGCUCCCGGAUUUGAUUCCCGAUCCGUACUUCAUCGAAGCAGGCACCUAUAUCCAACGGGUCCAGCUGUACGCCUUGAAAUGCGCCGCGGAGGAGAAUUGCCUGGCAAGAUCUGCCUACCAGCCAGGGCUGAGCAACAUCAGUUACCGGGUCCUCCUUCGCUUCCCGCAGAGGGUGAAAAACCAAGGCACAGCCGACUUCCUUCCGGUCAAGCCAUACCACGCUUGGGAGUGGCACAGCUGCCACAACCAUUAUCACAGCAUGGAAGCCUUUAGUAACUACGACCUGUUGAAUGCUGUCACCCACAAGAAGGUGGCAGAAGGACACAAGGCCAGCUUCUGCCUGGAGGAUACAACGUGCGACGCAGGAGUCCGGCGACGAUACGCUUGCACGGCUCACACUCAGGGUCUGGGUCCUGGCUGCUACGACACAUACGAUGCUCACAUUGACUGCCAGUGGAUCGACAUUACAGACGUUCCCCCUGGGAAUUAUAUUCUCAAGGUGACCGUCAAUCCGGACUUCUUGGUGCCCGAGUCAGACUUCACAAACAAUGCUGCCAGGUGUGAUGUAAUAUACACAGGGACACAUGCUACCGCAAGGAACUGCAAGAUCACCAGCAACUAAACGGCGACCCGAUCGCAGUGGAGCGAGACGGCUUCGUACCCCAUUUCCCUCAAAUGCUUCAAACCAUCUCUGCAACCCCGCCGGACCGAAGGAGACUCUGUGGCUCAAGACGCGUUUUAAAAUUUGCCCAGCCCUCGCUUCCUAUCCUGUCCCAGCUGCCGCCAGUAUUACGUUUUAUGCAUUCACUUUUAGGGAGACUGCUGAUAUAUUGACCCUAGCCUAGGACUUGCCGAUCAGAAGGUCGGCGGUUCGAAUCCCCGCGACGGGGUGAGCUCCCGUUGCUCAGUCCCUGCUCCUGCAACCUAGCAGUUUGAAAGCACAUCAAAGUGCAAGUAGAUAAAUAGGUACCGCUCCGGCGGGAAGGUAAACGGCGUUUCCGUGUGCUGCUCUGGUUCGCCAGAAGUGGCUUAGUCAUCCUGGCCACAUGACCCGGAAGCUGUACGCCGGCUCCCUCGGCCAGUAAAGCGAGAUGAGCGCUGCAACCCCAGAGUCGGCCACGACUAGACCUAAUGGUCAGGGGUCCCUUUACCUUUACCUUACCCAGACAGAGAGAAUAGAAGAGGAGGGGCUGCUUGAACCACCCACCUUCCCUUUCCCAAGGCAGAAAAAGCACACAUUGCACAGAAUGGUACCCAAUGAUAAUGGUACCCACUAGGUCAUUUUCCAGGUCCCAGCUCUACAGUUCUGCGGCUCUAAGAAAACCUCCGAUAAAAACCACCAGCAUCCUCCAGGCGUCAGCAAA